CCCUCUUCCCCCUCCCUUUCCACGAGCGUAAGGCCGGCGUGGCCUUGAGAAACGGCCUUCUCCAAUCAGCCGCCGCGCUGCUUUUGCCCGACGCCGAAAUGCUUUCCGAGUAGCUUUGUCCCAAGCGGCGCUCCGUCCCGAAAGGCCCAGGCGCGUCAGGUGAGAGGUGAGGCGAGAGUCCUGGAGUGCUGGAAGCGGAGGAGCCGGGCGGUGCUUAAGAGGCGAGCGGCUGAGGGGGCCAUGGCGGCGGCGGCAGGAGCCUACGAGAACUUGAAGCUGCACAUAACACCAGAAAGGUUUUAUGUGGAAGCUUGUGAUGAUGGAGCCAAGGACGUACUUUCCAUUGACAGAGUCUCCACAGAGGUCACUCUUACAGUUAAGAAAGAUAUUCCGCCUUCAGCAGUUACCAGGCAAAUAUAUGGCAUUUUGGGGACAAUCCGUCUAGUGGCAGGCACGUAUCUUAUUGUAAUAACAAAAAAGAGAAAAGUAGGUGAAUUUUUCAAUCAUGUUGUUUGGAAAGCAACAGACUUUGACAUCCUCUCUUACAAAAAGACCAUGCUACAUUUAACUGAUAUUCAGUUACAGGACAAUAAAGUCUUUUUAUCCAUGAUUAGCCACGUAUUGAGUGUGGAUGGAUUUUAUUUCUCUACAACGUACGACUUAACACACACUUUACAACGGUUGGCUAAUACCAGCCCGGAGUUCCAAGAAAUGAGCUUGCUAGAAAGGGCAGAUCCUCGGUUUGUAUGGAAUGGGCACCUCCUUAGAGAAUUCGCUGCUCAGCCUGAGAUCCAUAGGUUUGCCACUCCAGUGAUGCAUGGAUUUAUUAUCAUGCACUCUUGUUCCAUCAAUGGAAAAUAUUUUGACUGGAUUCUUAUUUCCCGAAGAAGUUGUUUCAGAGCAGGCGUGCGCUACUAUGUAAGAGGUAUUGAUUCUGAAGGGCAUGCGGCGAACUUCGUAGAAACAGAACAGAUAGUACAUUACAAUGGGAGCAAAGCAUCCUUUGUUCAGACACGAGGAUCAAUUCCUUUUUUCUGGUCACAGAGACCAAACCUCAAAUAUAAACCAAAGCCACAGAUCAGCAAAACAGUAAAUCAUAUGGAUGGCUUCCAAAGACACUUUGACAGUCAGAUUAUUAGCUAUGGAAAGCAAGUAAUUGUUAACCUGGUUAACCAGAAGGGCUCAGAAAAGCCGCUUGAGCAAACAUUUUCAAAAAUGGUAAACAGCUUGGGAAAUGGAAUGGUCAGAUAUGUAGCAUUCGAUUUCCACAAAGAAUGCAGUCAUAUGAGGUGGGAUCGGCUCCAGAUUUUAAUGGAUCAACUAGCUGAACAGCAAGAUGAAUUGAGCUACUUUCUGGUUGAUUCUGAUGGAAAGGUGGUGUUGCAGCAAGAAGGGACAUUCCGCAGUAAUUGUAUGGACUGCCUGGACCGGACGAAUGUGAUUCAAAGCCUUCUGGCACGGCGCUCUCUCCAAGCACAACUUCAGAGAUUAGGCGUUUUGCACGUUGGCCAGAGAAUUGAAGAACAAGCAGAAUUUGAGAAGCUUUAUAAAAACGCAUGGGCCGAUAAUGCAAAUGCAUGUGCCAAACAAUACGCCGGAACGGGUGCCUUAAAGACAGACUACACGAGAACUGGGAAGAGAACUCAGUGGGGCCUCCUGAUGGAUGGUUGGAACUCACUCAUUCGCUACUACAAAAACAACUUUUCUGAUGGAUUUAGACAGGAUGCUAUAGAUCUAUUUCUUGGAAACUAUUCGGUGGAUGAAGUAGAUUCUCUCAGUCCUCUUCAUGUGCAGAAAGACUGGAAAUUUUUGGCUUUGCCUAUUAUUAUGGUGGUGGCUUUCUCAAUGUGCAUUAUCUGUUUGCUUAUGGCUGGUGAUACCUGGACAGAGACCCUGGCCUACGUGGUUUUCUGGGGAAGCGCAAGCUUUGGAACUCUUGCUAUCAUCCUUUACAACGGCAAGGAUUUUGUAGAUGCGCCCAGGCUGGUUCAGAAGGAGAAGAUGGACUGAAUUUGUGUGUGUGGAAAACAGCUUGGUAGGGAUGGCUCCUCAACCAGUACCUGGAGCCUCUACUGACCUGCUUUCCACACAAGCUCGUGGUAUUUUUUCUUUUUAGCUUUCAUCUUUGCAGGGUGAAAAAGUGAAUCGAACUUGUUACGUGGUGGAGGGGGUUGGCCGUUUUGAUUCUAUAGUCACAAUGAUCUUAGGAGUAUUGCAUUUACUGGAGAGCUUGCACACAUAACCGUUAGGAGGAUUAAGAGGUGAAAGCCAGUUUGCACCGUGGUCCCACAGGAUGUUAACGGGAUUCACAAAAAGGGUGUGCCAAGCUUCACAACCCAUGAAUGUAGUAUUGUGAAAUCUUUUGAGAUGUCUCAGCCUUUUUUUAAAAAAGAUGCUGUUCUCCUGAUGUUACUUAGCGAUCUAGCCACUACUAGGGUACAACCAGGUUACAUUAUCUGAUACUAGUAAAAAGCCUUGCUUAUUAACAAUAUCAACAAUUGCUGCUUAAUUAAACUUCUAGUUGAGUGCCCUUGUAGCCAGGAGAAAAGUCAAUGUAUCAAGGGCAGGGUUGUAUAUUUGUGUGUGUCUCUCUCUCUCUCUUCCCCCCCGCCCCCCAAAAAUAUUUUUCUCCUUGUGAUCCCUUAUCUAAAGGCAAGUCUCUCCUGCCAUUUCUGGGACUGCUGAUGCAAUAUUCUGUUUAAAUCAUUGUCAGGAGGAUUGACUCUGUAUUGAACAUGUUUUGUGCUGCUUUAAUGACUACAGUCCUUAGAAGACUUAGGUGACAAACUUCAGUGUGAUUAAAGAUUGUUUUGUCUUUUAAUAAGAAGAUGUAAAUGGAAUCAAAGAAUGUAAAGCUACUUAUCUGAACCCUCUUACGCUAAAGGUCCAAAGUAUUUGCUUCUUUCCGAAGAGUCUCAAACGCAGUAGGUAUUUCUUAUUAAUUUGGCAAACCACCUGCUGCUUUAUGCUGCCUUGGUUUUAGGAGGGGUAAUCUGUGGAAGAUAAUAUACAUUUGAUGCAUUUUGCGGGGGGGGGGUUAAAGUUAAUUCCAUAUUUGCACUUGGGAUCAACAUCAGCUUGCUUUUUGUGCAUGCCGUAAUUAUAUUUCUCUACAAUUGUAACUUUCUCUGGAAACUACUAAGCUCUAAGAAUAGCCUUGUGCUGGUUAUCAAUAAAUGUGUGUCUCAAA